UGCUUGAACUUCUUCUUGAAAAGCUGUUGGCUACAGUCCAGUGAUGUGGGUUUUCUGGGACGAAAUGGACUUUAUGGUGUUGUGUAAAGCUGGUCUCCGCUGGCUCCCAGGUCUUGUGCUCCUGGUUCUGUGUCUCUGUCCUCCUGCUGUCCUGUGUGAGAACCUCUACUGUUACUACUGUCCUCAGACGUCCUUCAACAGGAGCUGCAGGCACAUUCUGUCCGAGUGCCGCCCACAGGAGCUCUGCUUCACUGCCCUCGGCCGGUUCGGACACGCACCCGUUCUGUUCUCCAAAGGCUGUAUGUCGCAGAGAGACUGUGUCCGAUCCAGCAGUCAAAUGAUCCGCGGGAACAACAUCAGCUUCACGAACUCGUGCUGCGGCCGUCCUUACUGUAACUCGAGCCGGGGCUGCGAUCACAGCCUCGCACUGCUCACGGUGUCUGCUAUCACUGCGAGCGUCCUGACGGCCGACUGGACUCGAGCUGGACUCAUGAUGCCCAGCUGAGAAAGACAUGGACCGAACACGGGACUCUCCUACUGCCAGGAUCUUAACCAGCUGUUUGAAAAGGCCUUUUAUGUCAAGUUCACUUUUAACUGAGCCUCAUUAAAUUUUAUGUGUUGUGGUUUUA